AUGGAGAACCCAUACGAACAAGUACAGAGCAACAUCCUGUCAAGAAUCAUACGCAAUGUCGAGCGUUUGAACCAAAGUGUCAACACUUUGAAUCAAGAACUAGAAAUAAUAAACAAGAAACAUAAAAACUUAGAGAUCAUGGGUCAGAUAUCAGAAAAUUAUCAUAACGGGAUGCAAUUCAAUUUAGAGGCUACCGGUAAUAAGAAGCCACCUAUAUAA